AGGCAUAUAUCAGCAGUGCAUAUCUGUGCAAUCAUUCAUGGGUUUUAUGUGUGCAGACCCUUGGCAUCCAAUGAUGGAGAGUGUGAGUGCACAAUGCCAGCUGUCUCACUUUCCAUUCAUAUGCCACCAGGACCUGCGCAAACUGCUUAGUUAUUUUAGAAUUUCCCUAGGCAUGCACAACCUAAUGAGUACAGUAUGCACACUUUGUACGCGUCUGUUUGUAAGCUCCAUAAUAGUGCUGCCAGGUAAACAGCAUGUAUGCAAAUACUGAAUCAAACUAAUUGGGCUGUCCUGGGGUGUUUGCACUGUGUGCAAUGCAUAAAUAGACAUCAUGAUUUCUACUGUGUGUACAGCAAACACUGAUGCACUUACCUGUAGAUAUAUCUGUCGUAAUGGAAUAUUGCGUUUGAUGAAACAGCCUCAUGAUACAAAUAUUCUGUUGGGAAUGCAGACUAUUUUGCCUAAAGAUCUUCAUAUUCAAUUACUGGAUUCGGAAAUCGUCAUUGUCACCGGGAAAGCGGUUCAAGUGUCCACUGCGAGUGUAAUAAUUAAUGUCUCAGUCGCGUUGACGCACAAUGACGUGCACAUCUAAAACUCGUUUAAAACAGGAAACUGUUAUACAAUAAUCUGCUGUUUAUAAGGUUUAUUGUCGGAGUGCGAACGGUACGUGACCAGGGUUUGCAUUCAGUACGUCCCUACGAUGAUUUAGACUUCCCUUUAAACUUACAGUGCCUCUCUCAAAGCGCGAGAGGGGCGCGCGACCGACCGCCGUUCACUCACACACACUCGCUCGGGUCUAUGCAGUGAUAGUGACUCUGAGCGCGCGGGACAGUAAUGAUGUGUCAGCGAAGAAUAUUCGCGCUCUGAUCAUUUUCCCGCCCCUGACUUCAGCAUUCCAUCAAGAAGCGUUAAGUAAAUACUAAAGUGAGUUCGUUUAUCCGGUUAUGGAGCACUGUGGACAGAAAAUGUCUCUGCUGAAGAAAGUGAGGACCGGAGUCGUGGCGAGGGAGUGCAAAUGAUGUGGGCUGUUUGGCUCUUCACUGAACUGUGCACGAGAUCCUAUGGGAUCUACCUUGGAAUAAACACCUCAAUGCCCAGCACCCAGGUAUCAGGCUAACGGUGUAACGACCAUAGCUUCGUCCAUCUCUUUGAUCAACUUUCCUCUUCAAUGCCAUCAUGCCAAUCAUCAGCAACGCCAAUCAUGACUUCAGCAACCUCUCGGUCAGUGACGACAGCAGCUUGGACCACAUCUUUACUGAGAUCCCAGAAACCGAGACAAUCAAGGGAGUGUAUUAUCAGCGUGCUCAGUUCAUUCGCCGAUCGGAAGAUCUGCUUUCGGUAGACCACGGCCUGCAGGCCCUCAUCAACGUGGGUGGCAACCGCUACACCUUCCCUUGGAGUACGCUGGAGCAGUUCCCCUUGACACGCUUAGGACGUCUAAAACCCUGCAGCAGCCCUGAGGAGAUCGCUUGCGUUUGUGACGAUUAUGAUGAAGCCCGCCGUGAAUUUUUCUUCGACCGUAGCCCCAGUGCGUUUCGUAUAAUCCUCAACUUCCUAGCAGCAGGAAAGCUACGAAUGUUACGAGAGAUGUGCGCACUCUCGCUGCACGAGGAGCUCAACUAUUGGGGCGUGGAGAUGGCCUACAUGGAACGCUGCUGCAAGCGCAAGAUGUACACGCGCAUUGAGGAGGUCGCCGAGCUUGAGCGGCGGGAGGAGGAGCGCCGUCAGCGCAAUAUGCAGCUGCGCCCUCCUGUUGUGGAGACACGUUACCGCAAGUUCAUGAACGAUCUGAGGGACAUGGUGGAGAACCCUCAGUCGGGCUUGCCAGGAAAGAUGUUUGCCUGUUUUUCUGUGGUGAUGGUGGCGGUGACAGUGAUCAGCUUGUGCAUCAGCACCAUGCCGGACCUCAGAGAGGAGGAGAAUAGGGGUGUGUGCUCCCAGAAAUGCCAGCACAUGUUCAUCGUAGAGACGGUGUGUGUGGCCUGGUUCUCCCUGGAGUUUCUGCUACGGUUCGUGCAGGCUCAAAGCAAGCUGGAGUUCCUCCGUGGUCCUUUGAACAUCAUCGAUGCCAUGGCCAUCCUACCCUACUACGUGUCUCUGGUCGUGGGAGAAACCCCUGCUGACGAAAAUGAGCGACCCUCUGGAGGUAAGGGCUACUUGGACAAGCUUGGGUUGGUACUGCGGAUCCUACGUGCCCUUCGGAUCCUGUACGUGAUGCGGCUGGCCCGCCACUCUCUGGGCUUGCAGACGCUGGGGCUGACGGUGCGACGGAGCAUGCGCGAGUUUGGCCUGCUGCUGCUCUUUCUCUGCGUAGCCGUGACGCUCUUUUCACCACUGGUGCACCUGGCAGAGAGCGAGCUUACCGGAGUACAGGAUUUCAGCAGCAUUCCCGCCUCUUACUGGUGGGCAAUAAUCUCUAUGACUACAGUAGGUUAUGGGGAUAUGGUGCCCAGGAGCAUCCCCGGUCAGGUAGUGGCGCUCAGCAGCAUUCUGAGCGGGAUCCUAAUCAUGGCCUUCCCAGCCACUUCCAUCUUCCACAUGUUUUCCCGCUCCUACCAGGAGUUGAAACAGGAGCAUGACAGGCUUUUUAAGGAGGAGUGUGCAGCAGCCGCAGCUGCUACCGCAGGAGCCGAAGAAGAGCAGGAUGGAGGAUGGGUGGACUUUCCUCCUCCUAGACUAGUUCUUACUCCAGACACAGAGACGCCAGGCUCUGUUGAAGACCUGGCUCUCCUCGGGAAUGGUGGAGAGACUUCCGGGAAUAACAAGCACCCGUUACCAGCUGGAGCCUUUUAAGUGAUGCACAACCAUUGUACUCUUCUGUAGUUAAAACCUGUGCUUCCCUUCCCUCAUACUGAACCCUUUUGCAGUGGACAGGGUGAAUUUUCAUGGAUGGCUCUGUCUAAAGAGUUAAAGGGCCUUGAACAUACAGUAUUUUGUCUUCCUGAAGAAUCUCAUUGAAGUACUAUUUCCUUCAUAUUUACACUGUGGACUUAUGUCAGAUUUAGCACUCCAUGAAAAUCCAUGCAAUAGAAAUAAAAAAUAAAGCUACAUAGUUUAACUUUGGAGCCUUUUUCCAAACCGUUAGACAUACGACAGAGAAAUUUCUGCAUUUUUUAACAAAUCCAAAGAUGUGCUUUUUGUGGACUGUUUUAAAUGCAAGAAUUGCUCUUCCAGAAAAUGUGCAUAAUGCAUAUAAUUUUCUGCGUUGGUCGGGACGGACAUGCAAUGGCUUUUGAACAGCUCCAAAUAAAAACAGCAGUAAUCUCA